AUGGGUGUAACAAUUCCCACCCCAGACCAGCUCGAAAAGUACGGUUAUCGCAAGUCGAGAAUCGUCGACCACACCUUGGACGAUGCCUGCCUCGAAACUCGGUGUCCUCUUGACAACGGACGGCACCACGGCCAACCACUGCCCCGACGUCCUCCGCGCCAUCGACCCUCUCCGGCGGCAAGUUGCGCAACAUGCGACCGUUUCGGUGGCUAUCUCUACCUCGUCACCUGCAAACGCGUCUGCUACUUUUGCUUCACCACAGAUCUGCUGUACUUCCCCGUGUCCGCCACGCUUGCGAGUAAGCCCACUCGCUUCACACGGAGAGAACUCAAGUGCCUGCCUCAUAUCUUCAGUCUGCCAGGACACUUCACGGAGCGCAACAAGCUAGUAAGGGGCAGGGUCAUGCUGUUGGACCGUCAGUCCUUGCUCAACACGGCAUCGGAGGUUUCCAGUCAGACAUUCGACGAGGGACUCGGGCAACUCGGCCUCACCACGAGGGAACCUCGACGAUACAUGUUCAUCAUUUCGGCACCCUACUUUACCUCAUCCAGUCACUCAGCCGAUUGGGGCGUCUAUUGCAAUAGAUGCAUCGACAAUAGGGAGCCUGCGAUGCAUUUCAGGAAUAAGUACACAGAAGAUGGCUUUGUAGAUCACAUGGCAUGA